AUUGGUCACUCAUUGUUGUUCAAUGCGUAUGGUGGUGGGGCGAAAUCGGGUUGGUUGUUUUCUGUGAUGUGAGGUGUUUGUUCAUUAUUGUUGCUUUGUCCAAAAACAAGGGCAAAGGUUUUCAAGCUCUACCAACGCGUUGAUGCCUGGUGCGUUUGGUUACCAUUUAAUAAGUCUAGUGCCUCGCGUGGUGAGGGAUCAGGGAAUAUUAACUUCCACGUUAAAAGGCGCUAAGGAGCGGUUGAGUGUCAUGUCGCAGUAGCGGGCCGCGCCGCAGUCCGCCCGGCCCGCGUUCAGGCGGCGCCCGGGCCGCCGGCAGUCAUGAGCUCCGCCGAACACAAGUGGGCCUGCGAGUACUGCACGUACGAAAACUUCCCAUCCUCCAAGAAAUGCACGAUGUGCUACGCGCCGCGCGUCGUCUACCUGAUCUCGGAGCAGGCCGACCCAAGGGGAGGCGGCGGCGGCGGUGGCAGCAGCAGUCCGCCGGCCUCGCCGCGGGCCGCCGACGAGGCCGGCCGCAAGUGGCCGUGCGCGCUCUGCACCUACCUCAACUGGCCGCGCGCCGCCAAGUGCGUGCAGUGCCUGUCGCCGCGACGGCGCGCCUCGCCGCUCUCGGCGGCCGGGCUGCACGAGGCGCUGGCGCCGCUGCGCAUCCGCACGCCGUCGGCCGAGAGCCUGGCGCGCCGCGGCUCGCCGCCGACGCCGUCGCCGCGCCACCAGGAGCCGGCGGCCGGGCCGCGCAAGUGGGCGUGCGCCGCCUGCACGUACGAGAACUAUCCGCGCCGCCGGCGCUGCGCCGCCUCGCCGCCGCUCUCCAACUACGAGUACGAGCGCCGGCUGAAGCAGCUGCGCCGCCGCCAGCGCGAGGCCGACUGGGGCUGGCUCAGCGCCUGCCUCGCCACCGUCGACGGCGACCCGGAGCCGGUCGACGCGUACCUCGCCUCAGGAGGUGACCCGGCCCGCCAGCUGAGCAAGGCCGAAGUGACGCUGCUGAAUCGACCAGCCGUCUUCGAGCCCGGCCUCACGCUCGUCCACCUGGCCAUCAGGUUCUGCCAGGACAACAUCCUGUCGACGGUGCUGACGCGCAUGGAGGGCUCCGGCUCGGGCGUCAAGCGCGUGCCGUCGUUCGUCGCGCCCGACCUGGCGCAGGCCGUGCGCCGCUCGGUGGCCACCACGCUCCGCCAGAAGAAGGUCGCCUUCCCCUGCUACUUCAUGACCGACAUGACGUGGUUUUCUCUGCCCGCCGACAUUGAGGAGCUGCCAGAGAUGGUGCAGCAGCAGCUGUUCGAGGAGCUGCUGGACAAGGACGCGCAGAAGGAGCUGGAGGUGGACGCGCCCAUCAUCAACUGGAGCCUGGACGUGACGGAGCGGCUGGGCUCGCGGCUGCACGCCGUCUGGAACCGAACGGCCGGCGACUGCCUGCUCGACUCGGUGCUGCAGACCACCUGGGGCGUGUUCGACCGCGAGAACACGCUCCGACGCGCCCUCUUCGACAGCCUGCACGAGGCGGCCGGCGCGUUCUACCCGCGCUGGUGCGAGUAUGAGCGCCAGCAGACGGAGCGGCUGCAGUACAGCCUGGACGAGGACCAGCUGCGCCACGACUGGCUGCAGCUGCUGGCGCUCGGCAAGCCGGGCAUGCCGCUCGAGCAGCUGCACAUCUGGACGCUGGCGCACAUCAUCCGCCGACCCAUCAUCGUGUACGGCGUCAAGUACGUCAAGAGCUUCCGGGGCGAGCCACUCGGCUACGCCAGGUUCGAAGGGGUGUACCUGCCGCUGCUGUGGGACUCGUCCUUCUGCUCCAAGUCGCCCAUCUGCCUGGGCUACACGCGGGGGCACUUCUCGGCGCUGCUUCCGGCCAUGCCGCCCACCUCGCACAUCACCGGCGCCGGCGCCGACCAGCACAGCCCGGAGGCGGGCGGCGUCGUGUUCUUCCCGCUGAUGACACACGACGGCAAGCUGCUGCCGGUGCACUUCGUGACGCGCGCCGAGCGCGGCCGCGAGGAGGCGCUGCUGCGCCAGUGGCUGGACGUGUGCGUCACCGACGGCGGCUGUCUGGUGACGCAGUGCCAGCUGCCGCGGCCGCCGCUGCUCGUCGCACAGAUGGUGCAGGAGUGGCUCAACUACUACCGCCGCAUGUGCCCAGUGACCGGUCCGGUGUUCCCCACCAAGCUGCCGGCGGCCGGCGACGAGGCCAGCUCCGAGAACGAGUCGGAGGGCGAGUGACGACCGCACGCGCGCCGCGCCGUUUAGU